CUCCAGAGGGAGUCACAGCCCCGGUGCCAGCGCUCAGCCAUGUCGUCCUGCACCCGCGUGGCGCUGGUGACCGGGGCCAACAAGGGCAUCGGCCUGGCCAUCGCGCGCGCCCUGUGCCGCCGCUUCCCCGGGGACGUGGUGCUCACGGCGCGGGACGAGGCGCGGGGCCGGGCGGCCGUGCAGCAGCUGCAGGCCGAGGGUCUGAGCCCGCGCUUCCACCUGCUGGACAUCGACGACCCGCACAGCAUCCGCGCCCUGCGGGACUUCCUGCGCCGGGAGUACGGGGGGCUCAACGUGCUGGUCAACAACGCGGGCAUCGCCUUCAAGGUUGAUGACCCAACGCCCUUUGAUGUGCAAGCUGAGGUGACGUUGAAGACCAACUUUUUUGCCACCAGAAAUGUCUGUGCGGAAUUACUGCCCAUUGUCAAGCCUCACGGCCGCGUGGUGAACGUGAGUAGCCUGCAGGGCUCACGGGCGCUGGAGGGCUGCAGCCAGGAGCUGCAAGAGCGGUUCCGCAACCCGGCGCUGACCGAGGAGGACCUGGCGGACCUGAUGGAGAAGUUCGUGGAGGACGCCCGCAAUGAGGUGACCGAGCGGGAGGGCUGGCCCCACUCUGCCUACGGCGUGUCCAAGCUGGGGGUGACCGUGCUGUCCCGGAUCCUGGCCCGGCGUCUGGACGAGAAGCGGAAAGGAGACCGAGUCCUGCUCAACGCCUGCUGCCCCGGCUGGGUGAAGACGGACAUGGCCGGGGACCAGGGCUCCAGGACGCCGGAGGAGGGUGCUGAGACCCCCGUCUACCUGGCCCUCCUGCCCCCUGACGCCACUGGGCCCCACGGCCAGCUGCUCCGAGACAAAGUCGUGCAAGACUGGUGAAUGGUGGCGGCUUGGGUGCUUGGCGCCAAGUGAAUGUCGCAGAGUGAAUGGACUGUGCUGCCGUCCGUUCAGGUUUAGAAUCUGCCCACCAGAGUGUGGACCGACCAGUCAAUGCCCAUGUUCAGCUGGGAAGCAAUUCCAGAAGCC